ACUGAUGAAAACAAUUGGCAAAGUCUUCUGUUAUUACUGUUCUUCUCAUCAACAUAUUGGAAGUUUACUGGAGAAAAAUUCUUUAAAUGUGAAAUGUGGUGGAUCAAUAUUUCUUGUCCCCUUCAAACACACUGCUCACUCUGCUGAAUAUUGUACUGAGAUCUCAGUGACCUUUGAGGAUGUGGCUGUGAACUUCAUGCAGGAGGAGUGGGAUUUGCUGGAUGCUUCCCAGAAGAACCUUUACAGAGAUGUGAUGCUGGAAGUCCUCAGAAACCUGGCAUCUAUAGGAAACAAAUGUGAUGAGAAGAACAUUGAAAAUCAGAUCAAAAAUUUUGGAAGCAAUCUAAGGCAGAUCACAUCUCACUAUGAACCCGAGUGCUACAAGCAUGAAGAAUGUGACGAGAAGCCAUGUGAAUUGAAAUUAUACAGGAAAUCUCUGGUUUCUCUCAAAAGUGUUCACACACAAAUGUUAACAGAAACUGGAGAUGGACCCUAUGAAAGUACAGUAUGUGGGAAAGUCACCAGUUGUUCCAAUGACAUUGAAAGGCAUGAAGAUUCUCAUACUGGGUGGCAACCUGAUGAAUGUCAACAACGUGAUGAAGCCUCAUCUUCUCCCACAGAUGUUCAAAGACACACAAGAACACAUAGGGGAGGUAAAGCUUUUCAAUGUGAGGUAUGUGGGAAAGCCUUUCAUUCCCCCACUUUAUUUAGAAAACAUGAAAGAACUCAUUCUGGAGAGAAAUCCCAUGAAGGUAAAGAAGGUGGUAAAACCUUGGUUUCACCCACAAGUCUUCACAGUCACGUGAUCAUGCACACUGGGAAAGUACUUUUUAAAUGUAACGUAUGUGGGAAAGACUUUGCUUACCAAAGUUUAUUUAGAAUACAUCAGAGAAAACAUACUAGAGAGAAACCCUAUGAAAGUCAACAAUGUGGAAAAGCCUACACUACUUCAUCUUACCUUCAGAUACAUGAACAAAUCCAUACUGGCGAGAGGACAAAUGAAUGCCAACAAUGUGAGAAAGUCUUCACUACUUCUUUAUCCCUUGACAGACAUGAACGAACGCAUACUGGAGAGAAGCCCUAUCAAUGUCAACAAUGUGGAAAAGCCUACACUACUUCAUCUUACCUUCAGAUACAUGAACAAAUCCAUGCUGGAGAGAAGCCCAAUGAAUGCCAACAAUGUGGGAAAGUCUUCACUACUUCUUCUUCCCUUCACAGACAUGAACGGACACAUACUGGAGAGAAGCCUUAUGAAUGUAAGCAGUGUGGCAAAGCUUUUGCUCAAUCAUCUAACCUUCACUCACAUAAAAAAACUCAUAUGAAAAAGAAACCCUAUGAAUGUCAACAACGUGGGAAAGCCUGCCCUACUUUGUCUUACCUUCAGAGACAUGAACAAAUCCAUAAUGGAGAGAAUUCUAAUGAAUGCCCACAAUGUGGAAAAGUCUUCACUACUACUUUUUCCCUUCACAGACAUGAACGGACGCAUACUGGAGAGAAGCCCUUUGAAUGUGAGCAGUGUGGCAAAGCUUUCACUCGGUCCAAUUGCCUUCACUCACAUGAAAAAACUCAUACUGGGGAGAAGCCCUAUGAAUGUCAACAAUGUGGGAAAGCCUUCAGUACUUCUUCCUACCUUCAGAUACAUGAGCGGACUCAUACUGGGGAGAAGCCCUAUGAAUGUAAGCAGUGUGGCAAAGCCUUCACUAACUCCUCUAUACUUCGCAGACAUGAAAGAACACAUAUGAAAAAGAAACCCUAUAAAUGUCAACAAUGUGGGAAAGCCUUCACUACUUUGUCUUACCUUCAGAUGCAUGAACAAAUCCAUACUGGAGAGAAUAACAAUGAAUGCCAACAAUGUGGAAAAGUCUUCACUACUACUUCUUCCCUUCACAGACAUGAACGAACACAUACUGGAGAGAAGCCCUAUCAAUGUCAACAAUGUGGAAAAGCCUACAGUACUUCAUCUUACCUUCAGAUACAUGAACAAAUCCAUGCUGGAGAGAAGCCCAAUGAAUGCCAACAAUGUGGAAAAUUCUUCACUACUUCUUUUUCCCUUCACCGACAUGAAUGGAUGCAUACUGGAGAGAAGCCUUAUGAAUGUAAGCAGUGUGGCAAAGCUUUUGCUCUGUCGUCUAGCCUUCACUCACAUAAAAAAACUCAUAUGAAAAAGAAACCCUAUGAAUGUCAACAAUGUGGAAAAGUCUUCACUACUUCUUUUAACCUUCACAGACAUGAACGAACGCAUACUGGAGAGAAGGCCUAUGAAUGUAAGCAGUGUGGCAAAGCCUUCACUAAGUCCUCUAAACUUCACAGACAUGAAAAAACUCAUACUGGGGAAAAGCCCUAUGAAUGUCAACAAUGUGGCAAAGCCUUCACUGACUCCUCUAAACUUCACAGACAUGAAAGAACACAUACUAGAGAGAAACCCUAUGAAUGUCAACAAUGUGGCAAAGCUUUCAGUACUUCUUCUUACCUUCAGAUACAUGAGCGGAUUCAUACUGGGGAGAAGCCCUAUGAAUGUAAGCAGUGUGGCAAAGCCUUCACUCUCUCCUCUAUACUUCACAGACAUGAAAGAACACAUACUAGCGAGAAAUCCUAUGAAUGUCAACAAUGUGGCAAAGCCUUCUCUGAGUCCUCUAAACUUCACAGACAUGAAAGAACACAUACUAGAGAGAAACCCUAUGAAUGUCAACAGUGUGGAAAAGCCUGCACUACUUUGUCUUACCUUCAGAUACAUGAACAAAUCCAUACUGGAGAGAAUCCCAAUGAAUGCCAACUUUCUUUUGCCCUCCGCAGACAUGAACGGAGUCAUAGUGGAGAAAAGCCCUAUCAAUGUCAACAAUGUGGAAAAGUCUACAGUACUGCCUCUCACCUUCACAUCCAUGAACAAACACAUUCUGGAGUGAAGCCCUAUGAGUGUAAGCAGUGUGGAAAAGCCUUUGCUAGAUCUUCUCACCUUCACAAACAUGAACAAACUCAUACUGGAGGGAAGCCCUAUGAAUGUAAACAGUGUGGCAAAGCCUUUGCUGAAUCUUCUCAGCUUCACAGACAUGAACGAACUCAUAGGGGAGAGAAGCCCUUUGAAUGUCAACAAUGUGGAAAAGCCUUUGCUACAUCCAGUCACCUUAAGAUUCAUAGAAGAACACAUACUGGAGAGAAGCCCUAUGAAUGUAAGCAGUGUGGCAAAGCCUUCGCUCAAUCCCAUCAUCUUCACAGACAUGCAAAAACGCAUACUGAAGAGAAGUCUUAUGAAUAUCAACAAUGUGGAGAACCCAUUGACACGUCCAGUGAACCUCACGUACAUGGAAGUAUUCAUGCAGAAGAGAAGCCUAAUGAAUACCAACAAUGUGGAAAAGUCUUUUUCUUGCUUUUUCUUUCACAGACAUGAAG